UUUAUUAUUUACCCUGAAGAGCAGGUUUGUCUCAGAUCUGAAUGUCAACAAUGAAUUCUGAUGGUGCGAAGACCGUGUCUAAAAAAAAGCCAUACAUCUGCCUUCCAAAGAAAUACAUAGAUAUUUUGGCUAAAGAAUAUGAACUUGAGCAUGGAUUGAUUGUGGAAGAGCUGAAUCCCUACGUGAAUGAAGGAUAUGUACAGGCUUACUUUCGCCAAUGGGGCAGCAUCACAUCAUGUAAGAUUAGGAAGAACCCCAACUCUGGGAAAAAUAAGUCAGUGGCCUUUUUGAUAUAUUCUACUGAGGAUGAGGCAGACAUGGCAGACUGGGUCGGUCCUCACCACGUUGCAGGCACAGAGGUUAAAUUAAGGCGCUUUGUUACUUUCAAGGCUGACAAGGGUUCAGAGGAAGAGGUCACCACAGCACCAGUUAAAGCUCGACCACGGCCUUCAAUGGGUCUUGGCUACAUACUCGAAGAUGCUCAGUGGCUAGAGGAAGAGGAAAUAAUAAAGAAAGAUUAAAGGUGUAUAAAGAUUUGACAUUCUUGAGGGCAUUGUUUUUUGUCAGUGUGCAUAAGAACA